UAUUCCUUGCAAAAUGCUGUUGUCCUAUCACAGGCAAACAAAAUUUCUACUUUCACGAUCGUUGUCACCGCUUAUGUUACGUUGGACCGUGAUAUUUUAACGAAUCAUGCUGUUGCAUGCACACAAAGAACAUCUCAUCAGCAUUUAAAAAGGUAAUCAGGUAUGCAUGACGAAACAAUAACAUCCUAUGUUAUUUAAAGACACUCCACGCAUAAUUCUUAUUAAAAGUUGUCUAUACCUUAACUAGCAAAGAUGUCGUGUUCUCAUGUCACAACUUGGGAGGGGAAACGAACGAAAACAAUUGCUUUGUUGCGACAACUUGCAGAUGGACUAGAUGAAAUGGAAAAUGACGUGAAUAUUUCGAAAGUGACUGGAACAUCAGCAGCUAUCGCAGGAGGACUCGGUACUCUUGGCUGUAUAAUAGCAGCCCCGUUCACGGGCGGUUUGUCUACUCUUGGUAUAGCAGGAUUUGCCACCCUCGGAGCUGCAGGCGGUGCCGUAAACAUAGGAGCUUUGAUUGGGAAACAUUUUCAUGAAAGUGGUUUGAUCAAAGAUGUUCAAAAAGCUCUUGACGAGGAUCGUAAAGAAAGUGAAAAUUUAAAUAUGGCAGCUUUUACUAUAGGUGAAACAGGUAAAAAAGAUGUGGAUAUUGGGAGGAAUAUCGUAGAGGCCGCGGCAAAAGCGGUUUCCGCAGUUGCCUUUUUGCCAGUAGACAUUAAUGAUUUGGUGGAAACGUCAAUCAAAGUAAACAAUGGAUCCAUAAACAAAUCUGCAAAAAAGGUACGAAGGAUCGCUAAUGAACUUGAGGCCGAGAUGAAAAAAACUGGAGGAUCAACUUGUGCGGCCUGUGCUAUGAAGAAAUAAAGAUGUGAAAUUGCAUUCCGCAGUGUUUAGUUCCAAGACAUCUUUCAUCGCUUCGGUUCAGUCAUUUUAUUUUCGAAACUGGUGUAAACACAUAUAGUUCCAUGUUUGCGUGAGUCCACAGAGACUAGUUUUAAGAUUAAUUGAAAAUGUGAAUGGACAUCAGAGGAAGAAGAAUUAAAAACCGUACAGAUGUAACAUUUUCUCUUACUUAUUUUAUCGAAUAUUAUUAAUCAUUUAACUUGUGCUUUAUGUUUGUAUUAUGUAUGAUUAAACUCUGCGACUUCAAUAAAAUACUUAAGCCAAUA